GAGCCUGGCGCGGAUGGAGGCCUGAGGGUGGCGGGGGCGGAGCGCACCGCGAGCUGGGGGCAUGUCCGCGGCGGGCGCCGUCUAGAGGAAGGCCGAGCAGCCGCCACCACGCUCUCAGUCGCGGUGAGACGCAAGCGAGCCAGGCCUAGGGCCGUGGCGGCGAUGCAGCGACGGCGGCGCCCUCCGCCGCCCGCUUCUCAGCUGCCCGAGGGCUGCGGGGGAGGUGGCGGCGGCCGCGGCGGGAGCGAGGAGGUGGAAGUGCAGUUCUCCGCCGGGCGUUUGGCCUCUGCCGCGGCGGUUUCGGCGGCGGCGGCGGCAGCGCGCAGCACCGAGGAGGAGGAGGAGCGGCUCGAGCGCGAGCACUUCUGGAAGAUCAUUAAUGCCUUCCGCUACUACGGCACCAGUAUGCAUGAGCGAGUGAACCGAACAGAAAGACAAUUUCGAUCACUUCCAGAUAACCAACAGAAACUACUUCCUCAGUUUCUUCUUCACUUGGACAAGAUUCGGAAAUGCAUUGAUCAUAAUCAAGAAAUACUACUGACCAUUGUGAAUGAUUGCAUACAUAUGUUUGAAAAUAAAGAAUAUGGAGAAGAUGGGAAUGGAAAGAUUAUGCCAGCAUCUACAUUUGACAUGGAUAAAUUAAAAUCCACGCUGAAACAGUUUGUGAGAGACUGGAGUGAAACUGGGAAAGCAGAACGGGAAGCCUGCUACCAGCCAAUCAUUAAAGAAAUCUUAAAAAAUUUUCCAAAAGAGCAAUGGGAUCCUUCUAAAGUAAAUAUUCUGGUACCUGGUGCUGGACUAGGAAGACUGGCCUGGGAAAUAGCUAUGCUAGGUUAUGCUUGUCAAGGAAAUGAAUGGAGUUUUUUUAUGCUCUUUUCUUCCAACUUUGUACUCAACAGAUGUUCUGAAAUUAAUAAAUAUAAGCUUUAUCCUUGGAUUCAUCAGUUUAGCAAUAACCGGAAGUCAGCAGAUCAGAUUCGACCCAUCUUUUUCCCUGAUGUUGAUCCCCACAGUCUUCCUCCCGGUUCUAACUUUUCAAUGACAGCAGGAGAUUUUCAGGAGAUAUACUCAGAAUGCAACACCUGGGACUGCAUUGCUACCUGUUUCUUCAUAGACACAGCUCACAAUGUGAUUGAUUAUAUUGACACAAUAUGGAAAAUACUCAAGCCAGGUGGAAUUUGGAUAAACCUAGGUCCUCUGCUGUACCACUUUGAAAAUUUGGCAAAUGAACUUUCCAUAGAAUUGAGCUAUGAAGAUAUAAAAAACGUUGUUCUGCAGUAUGGAUUCCAGGUGGAGGUGGAAAAAGAAUCUGUCUUGUCAACAUAUACUGUGAACGAUCUCUCCAUGAUGAAAUACUACUAUGAAUGUGUCUUAUUUGUGGUCCGUAAACCACAGUAACAUUCUCAAGUGGUAUCAGCAGGAAAAAAGUUUAAUAAGAGCAGAUGCUGAAAUAAACAACUCGAAAUCAACUAUCCCAAUGACAGGACACAACCUCAAAUCAGUGGUGCCUUCUUAUUCCUAACAAAAUUUAGAAAUAGUGUCUAUUUUCUUAAUACGUCUAUCGCUUUUUCAGAAAUACACUAUGCUGUGCAUAUUUGUACUACAGAAGUGAAAAAGGAGGAAAUGCCUUCAAGUAUACUUUUUCCUUGAAGCCCAGAAUUGUCUUUCAGUAGAAAAAAACUCUGUCUCCAGUGGUCUUCAUGAAGCUGUCUAUUGCCAAGUCUGCCAUGUUCAUGACUACUAGUAUUGAAGUCCCCCCAAAUCUUUGUGUGCAUUGUACAUGUUAUUUUUAGAAGAGUCCGAGGAUCCUCCGUCACAUUCAGCAUUUGGAAUUGGGACUUCUGUUCGCUUUGGACCUAAGCAGUCCCUGCAUUAAAAUGUGCGCCUUUUUAUCAUUCAGAUUAUUUUUUUGCCAGCUCAGCUGAAUUUAGAGAAGCAUCAAACAUUUCAUUUUCAUGAAAUGUUAAAUUUAAUAAGAUUACACACUGGUAAAAUGCAUUCAAGUAACUGAGAAAUGGAUCUUUUGGGCACGCUAAACUGAACAUUCUUUGAAAGCAUAUUCAUCAUGAAUCACUCUGAAAUGUAGACGAUCUCAGCACUCUUAAGCAAGACACAAAAGCCUUUAUUAAAGGUACUGCUACAAAAAUAGGAAAGUAAGGAUAAAAUCUGCCCGUUUGAAAUGUAUGAUUUUAAACUAGAAGUGAAUACAGUCUGUCAGUGAGAUGUUUACAAUAAUGUCUUGUCUUUAAAUUACCUGAAUUACAAAAGCAAGCACUUUUUUUCCGUUAAAAAAUUAGAUACUAGUAUGGUAUUACCGUGGAAAUUUUGGAUAUGAAAUUCAGGGAUAAAUUACUGCCCAUGGUCUGUGUCUUCAGUAUUUUGAGCAGCAGCCGUUAGUAAUUUCAGAUUAACACCAAUUUUGUUCCCUGAUAGCUAGCGUGAAAAGAAUAUACAUGCUGCUUUAAAUCUCUACCUCUAGCAGAAUCUUUACUGGAGAGAGUUUUCCUUUGUAUUUUUUUUUUUAUGUUUAUUGUUUUGUUUCCAGUUGCUUGGAAAGCAGAAGUGACUAAUGUUUUAACCUUUUCUUGGGAAAAGGAAGUACUCUUGUUGAAUACUUUCACAGGUGGUAAUGGCAUUAAAUGACCUCUGUGACGAUUUGAAGUAGAUAGAUUUAAUCUCAAUAAUGUGCUGUGGGAUUCAUGUCAUGUUUUAAUCCGAAAACUUUCUUGGGACUCUUUAGACUUUUUUUGUCAGUUGGGCUGGGGGACUUGACACAGUCUGGCAUCUCACCGGCAGGAGCUGAUCUGGGUCCAGUAAGGGGGCUCCUGUGGAAAGGGCUCCAGGAAGGCUAUGUGACUUGCUAAAAAUUAUAGAAGGUGGUAGCCCAUGGAGUUUUAAAAAAAAGAGAGAGAGCAAAACACAACUAUUUCUCUCUCUUGUGCCCCCAACCCCACACUUUGGCAGAUGUUCAGUUAAUUAGAAUUCUCAUUAACUGCCACAUGAAUGAAUCUGAAGUUAAUUUUUAGGGGCCAUCCUCUCUCCUAAGUGUUGCUUAUUUAGGAAAGCAAGCAAGCUAAAAGGAUCUUAAGUAUUUAAAAUAUGCAUUGAAAGGAAAGGAAUGCAUGCUAUUUUUGAGCAAUGUAGGAAGACUUUUUAUUCACUGAUUAGUAUUCGCCCCUUACUUGUAUCAGAACAAAUGAUCUUGUUUUUCUCAGAGGCAAAAAUGUGUUGACAGCAAUGGAUUGGCCUUAUGACUUAAAAGUUUUGGCUAUCAGGUUUUAUUCUUUAAUAAUGUUACUUCUAAAUUAUGGCUUCAUUUUAGUUAAUUCUGAAAUCAGUUAUUUCAUUUGUUUUUAAUCUCUUAUAUCAUGACUACUGUUUUUCAAAUGUUCUGCACAAAUUUGUAUCUUUUUUUCUUACCGUUUUUGUAGUUAAUAUAUUCUAACUUGACAAUUGUGUCAAUCAGUAAUAGAAAUGUCACUGGAGGAUUUUAGUUUUAUAUUCUAUGUAGUCCUGGCUACUAAAGUGUGUAAGCCUUAAAGCUUUGUGUUUUUUCUCCUUAUACUAGCUCUCUACACAAAUGUUCCCAUUCACUUCCAUGAAGCAAGAGGAGAUAGGUAAUUGUGCUUGCCUCCCCCCGCCCCUGCCCCCUCCCAAUAAUCUGAGUGGUUCAGGUUAGGAUAUUUUAAUCAAGUGAGCAAGACGGGAAAUGUACAACGAGAAGCUAUAUAAAUCACAGUAUAAAAUUAUGACAUUUGGGAACUGUAAAAUGUACUGUAUUUAUAUGUAAUUCUCAUUCUAAAAGUUGCCACAAGGCUGAAUUGGAAGCUUCAUGUCUGCAUGAAAUUUCCUAUAUUUUUAAUGUGUAUGAUGGACUUAAUUUUUCUUGAAUAUUAAAGUCUGCCAAUUGCUACGAAA